AUGCAAUUCCAAACGACCGGUCAGCGCACGCCGUCCGGGCUAGAUACAGGGAAGAAACAGCAACGACAACAACAAAAGAAAGACAAUACCGACGGCUCCGAAGGAAACAACAAGAAGCGAAAGCGAGAGGAUACCAAAUUUGAAGCCGACAACAACAAAAAGACAAAAGACACCGAGUCGGCGCAGGAAAUGCCCAAGAUCCUACCCGGUGAAAAGCUCUCCGAUUUCGCGGCGCGGGUAGACCGCACGCUCCCGCUGUCUGCUAUGAAAAAAUCAACCGCCCCUGGAGUUGGCAAGAUGCGCGAGGACCGACAGACGAGACACGAGAAACAUUUACGGCGGCUCCAGCAGGGGUGGCGCGAGGAGGACGCGCGGAUCCGGGAGCGCGAGCAGGCCGAGAGAGAAGAACGCGAGACGGAGAUGGAGGAUGAGUUGCGGUUAUGGAAGGAGUGGGAGACUGAGGCUGGGGCGGGGAAGGCGAAGAAGAAGGCUGCUGCUGCUGCUGGGAAAAAGAAAAAGAAGGGCAGGAAUGAUGAGAUGGGGGGCCAUGUCAGCGACGAUGAUGACCCGGAUCCAUGGGCGAAGCUGAAGAAACGGGACCGCGAGCGCAAGGCCAAUCCGUUUGAUGUUGUGCAGGCGCCGCCGCAGCUGACGAAGCCGAGGGAGAUAUUCAAGGUGCGCGGCGGGGCAAAGGUCGAUGUUGCGAAUGUGCCUGCUGCGGUGGGGAGUUUGAGGCGUCGGGAGGAAUUGGCUGGGGAGAGAAGGACUAUUGUCGAGGAGUAUCGGCGACUGAUGGCGGAGAAGCGAGGGUGA